UUAAAACAAAAAAUGGAACCAGCCUGGGUCGAUGAUGAUGACAAAUUUCCAAAUAAUGGAAAGUUGCUAGAAGAGCCGUUCAUUGUUAGAAAUGUUGAAGCUGAUCUUGGUGAACUUGCGCACAGAACACGUAAGAUGACACAGAAACGUUUGCGUGAGCGAUAUAUAACAUCUUCAAUAUAUGGACGAGGAGCUCAAAAAUGGGUUAAAACUGAAGAUGAUGAAAAGUGUGAUUCAGCUUUGAAUUCAAUAGCAAGAUUUGCCGGUAACACUAAUAUUGGUUCAAAAUCUUUACCAGCAAAAGAAUUAAAAUUUACUCUUCUUAGAGACCCCACUAUUGGCCAUCAACAAGGUAAAGUAAAUUGUUUAAAAUUUCAUCCUUCGAUGCCUAUUUUGGUUAGUGCUUUUUCAACUGGCAGGAUAGUGCUUUUUCAGAUUUGUGAUGAUGUUAAUAAUUUACUUUUAAGGAAAAGUAAUUUCUUUUUACAAGAUGUUACAAUUCCAAAUAUUUCUUUUGAUAAUAUUACGUUUUUCGAUAGAGGAUCUUUAUUUGCUAGUGCAGAUAAUCGAAAUGAUUGUUACGUUUAUGACCUUUUAAUUGGUGAAAUUACACAAAUUAAACAACCUAAAGCUAUGGACAAAUCGUCAGCAAGAAAGAUUCAACUUUCUGCAGAUGGAAAUUAUAUUGCUUAUUUAGUAAAUAAUGCUGAUAUUUUUGUGUUUUUAUUUAAAACAAUGGAUCAUUUACAUACUUAUAGAGGAGCUGAAAAUAUUGUUGAUUUUUGUUUUUCACCAAUUAAUAGAGAACAAAUUGUUGCUUUAGCUGUAAAUGGAACUGUUUAUAUAUGGAAUUUAACAAAAUACUCCGAAAUGAUGCAAUUUUUUGAUGAAGGCUGUGUUAAAGCUACUUGUAUGGCUUUUAGUUUAAAUGGACAAUUUUUGGCUUGCGGUUCAAAUACUGGAAUAGUUAAUGUUUAUGAUAUGAAUGACUAUAAAUGGCUUAAUAAAAAGAAAAAUUCAUCUCAACGUCCUUUAUUAUUUGCAACUUUUGAUCAGUUAACAACAUCAAUUUCUUGGCUUGAAUUUAGUAAAGAUGCCCAAUUAUUAGCUAUGGGUUCAACGGUUAAGAAAAUGGCAGUCAGACUCGGCCAUUUGGUUAGCGGGACAGUUUUUCAAAAUUUUCCAUCAAAACAAGAACACUUUUCGAAGGAGAGGUUAACAACCUGUGCUUUUUCACCAAAAGGUGCUUUCUUCGCAGUUGGAACUAAGGAAGGGAGAACUCGUCUUUACCAACUUAAACAUUUCGAAAAAUAUUAA